AUGGUUCAACUGAGUACAGCUCCCUUAUACGUGUUCGGGACAUUGAACGCAGACGAUAUCAAAUCAGACGAGACCGUUUAUGAGCUAUUCUCCUUCAUUUUCCGGACUAUUAACAUCAUUUCUUUACUCAAGUAUGCAUUUAUAGUAUUAGCAGCUGAUGACAAUGGAGAAGGUGGUACUUUUGCUUUGUAUUCACUCCUGUGUAGGCAUGCUAAAGUUGGCCUGCUUCCAAGUGACAGUAGUGCUAAUGACGUUAUGCUCUAUGAGGCGGGAAGCCCGUACAAGACAAAGAUGGAAUCAAGGGCUAGAAGAGCCAUAGAAAAACAUAGAAGUAGCCACUAUUUGAUGUUGUUCCUAGCUCUUUUUGGUUCCUGCAUGACAAUCGGCGUUGGGGUGUUUACCCCAGCUCUUUCUGUCUAUGCAGUUUCAUCCAGUAUUCAAAGAUCAUUGUUGGAUAUUGAAUCCAGAUACGUCUCGGUUCCCACUGCAUCUGCUAUAUUGGUGUGCCUCUUCACACUACAGCACUAUGGGACUCGUAAAAUUGGGUUUAUGUUUGCUCCUGUCAUCGUUGUUUGGCUGUUAUUUAUCGGUGGAGGGGGUGCAUAUAACAUUUUCCACUGGAACAGAGAAAUUAUCCGUGCUACCUCCCCUAUAUACAUUUACAGGUUCUUUAGGAAGAUUCACAGCAAAACUUGGAGGUCAUUAGGCAGCAUCGCUUUAUGUGUAGCAGAAACACUGACUUCUGCAGGAUCGGAAGCAAUGUUUACAUCUCUAGGUCAUUUCAGAAAGAAAUCAAUCAAGAUGACAUUUGUUUGCUUCAUAUAUCCAGUCCUUGUUUUAAGCUACGGCGGUCAGGCUGCAUGUGUCUCCAAAAACUUGGAUGCUAAAUAUUUCAAUCAUCUCAGUGAAUCCAUGCCUAUAUUUUCACUUCUUGCUUCAGUUGUGGGAAGCCAGGCAACUAUAACAGCAUGCUUCUCCAUCAUAAAUCAGUGCCUGGCACUUGGUUGUUUUCCGAGAGUAAAAGUUAUUCAUACAUCAGAUGAGAUACACGGGCAGGUUUACAUUCCUGAUAUCAACUGGCUAUUGAUGGUUCUAAGCCUCGUUGUUACGAUUGGUUUCCAUGAUAUUAUCAAAAUUGGUAGCGCGACAGGGGCAAUUAUUGUGGCUUUUGCAUAUUCGCUAGCUGCACGGCUUUUUGAUGGCGAAGUACUGUGA